GCUUGAGUUAUUUCAUUGUGGAAGAAUUUUAGGGAGUUGAGUUUUUCACAAGUACUAAUAAUAAUCUUUUUAAGACAAUUACUACACUAUUUAUCAAUGGCAAGCCAACAACCACCACGCCCAUUGUUCCGUUUUGCUUCCAUGGUCCGUCCGGCUGCACAACCUGCACAACCUCCAGCUUCUGCUCCACCAGCACCGUCACCACAACCCAUGUUUCGACCUACCACCCCAUUUAGGCCUCCGUCACCAGCAGCUACUGCUACUCAGCCACCUCAACCUCAAGCACCUACUGCUCCUCCCGUUGCAGCAAUCACUGCAGCACCACAACCACAAGUGUCGGCCCCAGGUAGCCCCAUUUCACCACGGCGGCGUCAACCUGUGGCAACUUCACCUCCAAGAUCGCCUGUUGCUCCUCCUCAAUCUGUUGUUUCGCCACAGAAGGUUCCUUCACCACGUUCUCCAGUGACAACACAACCACAACGCGCUGUCACUGACGUCCCUAAAUCUCCUGUCAUUAGAGCCACAACGUCAGUCCCACCAUCCCCAUUCAAGACAUUAGCUUCUAAUGUAACAACAGAGAGCGCUCCAACUAGUACUCCAUAUUCUUGGUUACAGCCAUCUCCAAAAGCAAAAAUAGCAGAUUCUAUCCAAAGUCUCAUCAAUCAAUCAUCACCAUCAAAAGCCACCUCAUCAUCUCCUAAAGUCAUCCAGCCUAAUUUAGUGAAAUCCCAGACUUACUCUCCUCAAACUAAGCCUGCAGCUUCUCACCCUCCAUCCCCACUAAAGCUUCCCCCAUCUCAACUUGAUCUUGAGUUCAUGAUUCCUUCACAGGUUGAUCAGAAAUCUGUUGUGGUCCACGAAACCACAAGGGCUAACACGAAUGGUCGUCAUGUCCUGCAGACUACAAGAUAUGGAAAAACAGUGGAAAAUGGGAAACAAGAACCAGUUAAAAAAGACAAAGGGAUUCAACAGAAGAAGCUGUCUAAUUCCGAUACUGCAGAUGACUUUGGAAUGAGCGUUCUAACACUAGCUGGUGAAAACAAGGGAGCCAUUAUGGAGUUAAGCCCUUCAAGGAAGACAUACAGCCCACAGAACCUUCAAAAGAAAGGAAGUCCAAAGUCUUGGAGUAGUGAGGAUGAUGGAGAGAAAUCAGGAAGUGAAAGUGGAAGGAAGGGAGAUAGAAUGCAAAAUAAAUCCCUUCCUAUGGCGGCAUUCAUGAACAGCAACGUCCAAGGUAUCAACAAUUCCAUUCUCCACAAUGCUUCUUGCACUCACCAUGAUCCUGGUGUCCACCUUGUUUUUGCAAGAAAGACAAAUGGUAGCAAUGGGUACCACAUUAAGGGCAGCCAAAAGAACUAAAAUAAUGUUUAAAGACGGUCAAACACUUAUGAGUCUUUUUUUUCAUGGAGGGUCCCUUGUUUCUUUUAAUAUUUGAGAGAAUAAAUUGAGUGGUACGAAAAGGAUAUGGAUUCUGAUUCUUCAUGCAUGGCUGCGACCCACUUCUCAUGCACAAGGACCAUCCUUGCCUUUGGUAGGACAGAGAGAUUCUAUGCACAAUGGUACCACAAUAAAGCUUUUUUAUGUAUUGAACACUAUUAAUCUUCUAUAUAAUUUGUAAGUCUAAUACAGAAUUCCAAAUGUCUUGUUAUAUUUCCAAAAAUAUUGAAUACCAUGUCUGAGUUUGGUUUUUGUAUA